CUGUGUAUUUAUGGCAUGCUGCUCAUGGAGACCCACGUAAAGCGAUUAAGAGAACCAAAGCAUGAAAGACGUCCUUGGAGGAUAUGGUUUUUAGAUACUUCCAAGCAAGCCAUAGGGAUGUUGUUCAUCCACUUCGCAAACGUCUACUUAUCAGACCUUACUGAAGAAGACCCUUGUUCACUGUACCUUAUCAACUUCUUGUUAGAUGCCACAUUAGGAAUGCUGUUAAUCUAUGCAGGUGUCCGUGCAGUCAGCAUCAUUGUGGAAUGGCAGCAGUGGGAGUCCCUGCGCUUUGGUGAAUAUGGUGACCCACUGCAGUGCAGUGCUUGGAUGGGUCAGUGUGCUCUGUACAUAAUGAUUAUGACAUUUGAGAAAACCAUCAUCAUUAUAGUGCUUCUGAUACCUCAGUGGAAGGAGGUAGCUUUAUUGAAUCCUAUAGAGAACCCCCAGUUGGAGCUGGCUAUCGUCAUGUUGAUAGUUCCCUUCUUUGUUAAUGCAUUUAUCUUCUGGGUUGUAGAUAAUUUUCUUAUGAAGAAGGGGAAGACAAAAGCUAAACUUGAAGAAAAAGAAGCAGGACAAGAUUCAAGAAAUGGAAGUAAAGUCCGCUACAGGAGAGCAGCAUCACAUGAAGAGUCAGAGUCAGAAAUCCUCAUCUCAGCAGACGAUGAGAUGGAGGAAUCGGACAUGGAAGAGGACCUGCGUAGACUGACCAACCUGAAGCCCGUUAAGAAGAAGAAGCAUCGUUUUGGUCUGCCAGUAAGAGCUUAUUUCCCUAUGCAGGAAAAGAACAGAUGGCCUCCCUUCCCAUCGAGAAUAUUCAAAGCUUGUGUCUGUAACCAAGUUUUGCCUUUUAAAGUUCAUUCAGUCAGACCCCAGCGGCCCCCCUGCAGGGCAGCCCCCCUCCCACCCCAGCUGUCCGCUCCCAUCACAGCCACGCUGCGAGUCCUGCAGUCACUGCCAGGAAUAACCCCGCACGGCCUGAAUCAUCCCAGGCACUGCUUUGGGAAGGUGACCCCACCCCUGACCUCACGCUGGAUGCUCUAUAUAAGUCUGGGAGAACAACAUGUUUUGCACGGCACGCGGGCUGCAUUUAAGCGCAGCUGGGAAACCACAUCGGCAGGGAUCGGAGCCGCAGGAGCUGCAGUUAUGUCGCAGCCAGAACCAGUGAAAAAGAAGCGUCCUCCAGUGAAGGAGGAAGAUCUCAAAGGAGCUAGAGGAAACCUUUCCAAAAACCAGGAAAUUAAGUCCAAAACCUACCAAGUCAUGAAGCAGUGUGAACAAAUGGGCUCUGCAGCACCUUCCAUAUUCAGCCGGGCUCGGACAGGCGACGAAACGGUCUUUGAGAAGUCUAAAGAUGAGCCACCCAAAAGCGUCUUUGGUUGAGAGCAGAGCUGCACGUACCUCACCGGGAUGAUUGUUGUAACAUUAUUCCAAAUUUCUACCCCUUGCUCUAAGCUCACCGUAGCUGUAGAUACCCAAUUUCUACCUUAAGUCAUUGGAAAGGGAGUGGGUUAAUAUCAAAGGGUACAACUUCCAUUUUAGUUUUCAUGACGGGCGUUCUUUCUAUGUGUUGAAUGGUGUUUGCUACAAUGGUUUAGUAAAUAAAGUGAUUGUUGGACACAGUCUGGCA